AUGGCCCCGGAGUCUCACACACUUACUACCACCGAAGAACAGCAGAACGACGUUACAGUGGGGACCAUCACUUGCACUGCACCUAUCCCGUUUGGAGGGGAUGAACAAUGGCUUUACCUACCCGCAACCAAGAAAUUCGAUCUGUCUCGGGGCUCCCAGCAGAAGAUGGUCUUCGAGUGCGAUGAGGAAGAUCGCAACCACACCGGCUUCAUGAUCGACCCUGGCAACUCGGUUUUGAUUGUCGUCGAUAUGCAAAACUACUUUGUUCACCCACUCUAUCGGGAUCACGCCGCAGGCAUCGCCGCUAUCGAGCCGACUCUGAAAGUCAUCGAGAGAUGCCGUAAAGAGGGGAUCCAGAUUGCCUGGCUGAACUGGGGAAUCAGCGACCAUGACUUGAAAAACAUGGCACCUGCUAUCCAGCGAGGCUUCAGCAAGACUCUGGGAUGGCACGUCGGACUUGGCGCACAGCUGCCCGAUGGUCAGGGAAGGUGCCUGUUCAAGCGGACCUGGAACGCCGAACUCUACGAUCCAUUCAAGGCAGUCGCUCAGCCUGGCGAUUUAUUCUUCGACAAGACGCGCAUGUCGGGACUUUGGUCUGAGAAGGAGCCUCUUCACGAGUACCUUCGCGCAUCCGGCAAACAGACACUACUCUUCGCUGGCGUCAAUACGGACCAAUGUGUUUUUGGCACCGUUUCAGAUGCCUACUCUUACGGAUGGGACUGUGUUCUGCUUCGCGACUGCACAGGCCGAGGAGCCCAGGAGCUUGCCGAGUAUCAAGUCUCGCAGAACAUGGGUUUUGUGAUGGGCAGCAGUGCAUUCUGCGAGGCACAGAUUUGUGAACAUUUUGAGGGUUGUUGA